AUGACUGGCGACCGCGUCGAUCAAGGCACGGAGCAGGACACUCUCCAAGGCAACCCCUCCUCUGCAAGAUACCUUGUGCCAGGGUGUCGCAAGUUGUCCUUGCAGCUCAACAGUGCCCUAGCGGAGUCGACUGCAACAACGGACGAUACAUUGGAUGCACAGAACAGUGGGAGGACACUUCAAGGCUCAGUUUCAAGCCACUCCUCUCCUUCAACCGCCUCAACGAGACAAUGCAGUCUUGGACAUGGCUGCGUCCUCGAGCCGCCACAAGACUUAAAACCUGCUAUAAGGACAGACAUCGCUUUCGGCGAUGGACAGGGCACAGUGGGGUAUAUCAGCGAGUUUGGAGAACUCAUUCAGGUGAGGCGCAUGCUGGAUUUUGGUCCGAGAGGAGUAAUCUACGUUCGUCCCAACUCGGACAUCUUCGAAUUCGCCCACAUCAUACAAGGCUCCUGCCCAGGCAUCGGGCUACGUCUGAAUAACCGAUCGGUCUUGCCUGAGAAAAAUUUCCGCCCUGUUUCGUACAUCCAUGACAGGUGGCCGAAGCUCUCAUACACCGCAGAGGAUAUUGAAAUCGAAAUGGUGUUUGCCGUUGUGGAUGGGAAAGUUGUGCAUCAAUGUGUGCUCUCUAACAGAGGCAGCGCUGAAGCCACGGUAGAUCUGGUAUUUGACCUGAGUUUUACUCUGGAUGACCCGCGAGACUUUUAUCAAGAUUCCCAAUACCGAAGCCCCACGGAGUUCCAGGGAGGGAUAUCCGUCUCAGGUAAUACCUGUAUUGUCCUCUGCGGCAAUGCUGGCGGUUAUGCCAAUUUCAGCGCCUCCCUAUACACGGACCAUGGACAUCCAGUGACACUCUUACCUGUCACUUCGAAAGAUCUGUUUGAGUCUUGCAGUGAACCAAAUCUUGCCCCUUCUCCCGCAAGGCUGAGAGUGGACAAAGAGGACGAGCGAACAAAUGCCAUUUAUCAUCUCCUGCCCACCAAGGUUGCCCCGAGUGGGAAACGAGAGCUGACGGCUGUUUAUGACUUUAACUAUGAACGAUGGACAAGAGACCAGGUAUAUGACUUGAAAAUCAUGAGGCCACUAAGUGAUGAAUUCUAUGCGUCGCACCGCCGCCAUGAGGAAUCAUUUCUGACAGCCUACGGUAAUGCUAAAGCCAACGACGAUAGUGAGCAGGCAAACAAGCUCUUACGAGAAGGAGUUCCUGGAUACCACGUGGCCCCUGCACGAGAAGAUUUACAGCAUGGCACAUUGGAGGAUCUCGUGAUGGGAGCAAAUCGCCCCAAGGACCAGCAAUCACUUUCUCCAGAAGGCGAGGCUCGCGUCAUGUUUCAGGUCCCCUUCCACAACCUUGGAGGCGACCCCGUUUACUCUCAUCGUCUGUUUGGGAUUGAAUGGAGGUCGUGCUGGUGGUUCGAGGAUCAUGUUCCCAGAACCGAUGAUUUCUCAGACAUUCUAUGGGGAAACGCGGGCGAAGCAUAUGAGCAAGAAAUGAAGACACUUGUUGCCGACAAGUUUAAAAUGUUAAGAGCAGACCCCAAGACUCGACGAGCUUGUGGCUACGUGAAUGCCCAUGAGUACUUGGGUCACAAUUGCCCUGGAAGAUGGAUCCAGGAUCUUCCAGACCAGCGAACCAAUUUCCUUUUUCGUCGAUACUUGCAGCACAUUUUAACAGUGGUACCCAUUGGCGUACCUGGGAAAAGAGACGGCGAUUGUGCUUACUUCUUCUGUACUGAGGACCUGCGAGAUGUGUCCAUGCUUCCUUCAGCCACUCUGUAUCAGUUCCGUUUUCUCGGGUGUAUGCAUCGGCUUCUUAUGAGCCAAGAAGGCAUCAUUGACGACUUGCUGAAAGCUUCCCUACUCUCAAGCAUUGAGAGAAUCUGCAAAGGUCAUCUAGCGUGGUGUUUUGAAGUCGCCCAAAAGACAGAGAGUGGAUUGUGGACCGACACUUACAGCGCUUCAGGUGCUAAGAAACUUCCUGAGGACGAUCAUCUUCACACCGUUACAAACUUCUUGAAACUUUUUGAUUUCUAUGUGGAGUUUCCGAUGGGCCGAUAUUUUGUUCUGACCACCCUCAAAAACAGACUUCUACCUUGGCUGAAGGCACUUCACGAGACCCGGAACAAAAACUCUGGCCUCUGGGAAUCGGGUCGAGAGACUGUACAAGUGUCGUGGUGGGACCCCAGUUACCGAGAGGACGAGCAAGUAUCCAUCCCCGAGUACGAUCUGUGUGAAUCUAUUCAGUAUUGGCAGGCUCUUCAUACCGUCUUCAGCAUCCUAAACGAAGUUCAGACAGAAAAUACUGAUUCUCAAACAUGUGGCGACGUUGCCAUGUGGACUGCGCUACGGUCUAUCACAAAGGAGCUUAUUGACAGUUUGGAAAGCACGGGUCUCGCGAAAGAGCUAGCCCCUUCUGCUCUUCGGGAGAAGAUCUUGGAAUGCUUCUCUUUCGAGAUUGAGAGGUUUUCUGUUGAGACGACGAUCCAAUCUGUCGAGUUCAAGAAUCACACACCGAUUUCCGGUUCGUUGGUGGAAGAAGUGAAACAUAACAAGAAGAGACUCCUGGCCAUCAAGCGCUGUGCUAAGGAGCGGCCGAGAUGGAAUUGGUAUACGGAAUCCAUGAUACUUUGCCCCAAGUUCGACCUCGGUUUCUUUGAUACCGAUCGUCCUCCAUACCGACUUGAUGAGUGGUCGAAUGCCGUUGAGGCGCAACAGUUUCAACUGGAGGCGUUUUGGAGGAAACCCCUCCGAUACAGCUUGGCCCUUAUUUUGGCCUCUGACAGCAAGAUCUCACUCGAUAAAUCGAAAGACCCAGCAGCAAUGGCUUCUACGUGUAUAACUGUUCUGCUGGGGUGUGUCUUGCGCAGCGGACUGAUGGCUGAAGAGAUAGACCCAAAAGACAAGAAGCCUCAGCGCAGGCACGGGGACCUUCCAAAUGCCGGUUUUGGGGUGCCCUAUUUCCUAUUCAGGGUAAUUUAUGGAAAUCUGAUUGCAUUCUACCCAAAGCAGAUUCCCACUCUCUCCGACGGUUCUAGAGAUGGCGUCACCUUCGACGAGAGACUUUGGAAAAAGGCUUACAAAGCCAUCCGGUCCAAGACGAAGGCUGGCUUGUACAACAUUACAAGUGUUGACAGAGCCAACGUGGUCGACUUGACUGAGGUGUGCGAACCAGAAUGGUUGUUUGACCCUCCAUGGUAUUUCGCGAAACAGGAGCGUUUGGCAGACAGGUCGGGCGGGGAUUAUGGGAUACCAGAUGACCUCAAAGAAACAGUACGCUCUGGAUUGGACAAUCUCAGGGACUUGAAUCAUGGCGAGGACAAUUUUCCCUAUGCCGUUUUCAACGAAGCUAUUGAGUUAUAUGAUCGUGACAGCGACGAAUUCUUUCGAGAUGCUGACAAUGAACGGCUUGGAAGUGUCGUCGACGUGAUCAGGGCCGGCAAGCGUCAAUCGCGGAUUCAAGAAUUCAUCCCUAACGCCUGGGAGCUUCUUGAGCGCACAUCCAGGACUAGGACCAAGAAUGACGUGAAGAAAAGGCUGAUGUGA